CUCCCCGAUGUGUUUAAAAGGAGGUGAGCAGUCCAUAACAUGUCACAGCCCAACAGGACAGUGAACCUGCUGCCAGACAACAUGAGAGCUCUCAUCCUGCUUGUGUGUUUAGUAGUGGGCUGCUUGUCUCAGAAACCUCAGCCAUGCUCCUCUCCAACUCUGAUGACUGGUUCUUUCAUUCAGACCUCCAAUAAAGGCCUGGCAACACACACCAACUACACCUAUGAUGCAGUGGGAGAGCGCAUCCGCCUACAAGAGGUUGGAGAGUUCAACAAUGAAACUUUUCAAUUUGAUGCCAUCCUGCUCUACAAACAGGGCAUCAUGUACAAGCUGAACUACAAAAACAGCACAUGCAGCAAGGAGAGUCUGGGAAUACACUUCCACCCUCUGAUGAUCCCAAAGAAC